UCUUUUUCUUGUUAUUACACAUACAAAUAUAAUUUAUUCAAUCACUCCCCUGGAUGUAGCUUCUUCUAUCUGCUUUGAUAAUCUAACAAACACUUUAAAGAUAUACCUGACUUAAAAUGUCGGACUCAGAAUUCCGGUUAAACUUAGAGAUCGCGGUGAAAAAGUUAAUACUGAAAGAGGAAGAAACCCGCUUAUUUGAUGUUUUGCGGGAGUAUCAGAGUUCCCUGGAUUUACCUACAUUCGUAGCAGAGCUGAAGUCUAUCAUCAAUGAACCUGCAAAAAUUUGUCUUUUUGAUGAAAUAAGACCUUUAGUACCUCUGAAUCAACAGAUAGCUUAUGAUUCUCUUUGUCCUAUAAUCCCUUCAGCAACCAAGAAGUUAAUUCGCUUAGAAAACCUUGAAAAUGGAUCUUUAGGAUUUUCACUGCGAGGAGGAGCAGAGCAUGGCACUGGUGUAUAUGUCACUAGCAUCUCAUCAUCUUCAGAAGCAUACACAAAGGAUAUGCGGGUUGGUGAUGAAGUUGUGUCUGUCAAUGGAUUUUACAUUGCUCAGGCUAUCCAUGAAGAAAUUAUUGAACUCAUCAAUGAUUUUCAAGAUAUUGAGCUCCAAAUAAGACGUGUUGGUAUGAUUCCAUUCCGGAUUAAAGCUUCUGAUGUUGUCCGCUGGGAAUAUGUGCCAAAGGAAGAUAUUAUUUCAUCAAAAUACCCUAUCAAAAUCUUUGUUAAUAUGUCUGCCACAGGAGGCCUUGGGUGUAGAAUUGCAAGUGGCCCAGCAAAUUAUAAAGGGAUAUAUAUUCAGUCUGUGAAGCCAAAUAGCUUGGCUCAUGAAGCUGGCCUGGACGUUGGUGACCAAAUUCUAUCUGUGAAUGAAACCAGUUUUAUUGAUGUUACCCAUUCUCAGGCUGUUAUGGCUCUGAAAACUUCACAACAUCUUCUGCUGCGGGUUAGAAAAGGAGUCGCAAAAACUUGGAUAGAUAAGACAAAUCCCAAAGAGGCAGUUUCUCCAGCAGAUGAUAUAUAUGCCAUCCCACAACUGGCCUUCCCUCAGCAACACAACAUACUUGCAAGCUCACGGUAUGAUACCCUUGCAGCAUCAAAUGGGACGAUAGAUAGCACAAUGUACAUUACAGAGGAAUCUGAACAUGCUAGUCAAAAUAAGAAACAAGUACCAGGAGAAAUAGAUGUUGAAAUAUUCAAUGGCUAUGAAGAUGUCCAGUUACCUUACAAACCAGAUUAUGAUAGUGAACCUUAUUUACCAGAUCCUCCGCGUGACUUUUUAACAGAUGAUGUUUCUCCUGAUGAUGUCCAUGACAGCAGUCCAGUCAACAGUAAUUUUACUCUGUACAAGAAUCCGGAAUUAUCAGUAUCCAAUGAAAAUGUGGCAGCCCUCAGUGAUAAUGAAGCAAGAAAAAUGUUUUCUUCAAAGGAAAUUGGUGGAAGACAAAUCAGAAAAAUUCGAAUAAAAAUUAAUGGUUCUCUCGGUAUUGCGUUGGAAGGUGGUGCAAACUCUCCACUCGAAGGAAGGAUUCUUGUCAGUAACACAUACACUGGCUGUGUUUAUCAACAAGGAGGAAUUCAUGUUGGAGACGAAAUCUUGAUGGCAGAUAAUGUCAAAUUCACGGGUUUGACUUUGGUACAAGCUGAGAAUGCACUGGACAGAAUUGAAAGAAAACUCAGUCAAACUAUAAUAUUCAUUAUCGCAGUUGCCCCACCAAAGAGUUAUGACGAAGAAAUAACAUACUUCUAAGGGAACAAACAGCAUUCCUGGAAUGAAAUUCUAAAAGACCACUAUUUACCGUUUGUGAUGUUAACUUUGUAAUCUAUAAAAUCAAGCCCAGUUGUUGUUAUUAUUAUUAUUAUUAUUAUUAUUGCUACUACUACUACUAUUACAUUAUUAUUAUUAUUAUUUGUCAUCAUCAUUUAAUAAAUAAAUAAAAAUUAAUUAACUAUUCUC